AUGGAUGAUGUUGAUGGAAAUUAUAUUGAAUGUUUAAGCUAAGGAGGUUCAUCUCCUUAUAAACCUAUGGAUAACUUAUUUUAAAUCUAUUCAGAUAAAGUUGGCAAUAAAACUGAAUAAUAACGAAAAUUCUUUAGUGGAUAAAAACAGGUUACCGAACCUAUUGAAUAAUUUAAUAAUAAUGUCAUUUCAAAUUCUGACAGCAAAGCAAAAGUAUAAAACUAGGAAGCUGUUUAAAUUUAACUGAUUUCAUUUUAUGAAUAAAACCUCCAAAACUUAAAGUAGAUGGUUAUAGAUAAAGAUGAAGAUAUGAAAAUAAGAGAUGAAAAGAUUCUUGAACAAUCAAUUCUUAUUAAUCUAAUAAUAACAUAAUAUAACAAGAUUGUCAAUUUAUUAUAAUAGGAAAGAGAUGAAAUUUUUGAAAAAUAUAUGGAAGCAAUGGAUGAAAUACAAAAUCAAAGUCAAAAAUAUUAACAACAAUAAAAUUAAUAAUAAUAGUAACUUUAAUCUAUGUAAUAAAAAAUCUAAUAAUAAUUGCAAUAAUAAUUUACACAACAUAUACAAAAUUUUUAAGUUCCUAUAGAUUAUGACUCAAAAUUAAUAGAAUUACACGAAGCUAAAUAAUAGAUCAACCACUAUAAAAACUAGUGUUUUAAUCUAGAAGUUAAAGUAAAAGAAACAGAAGUGAAAUUAGAGGAUUCAAAUUUAAGAUUGAAUGAAGCAUAUAUUAGAAUUGAUCUACUUGAAAAAGAAACGAGAAAUGUUUAAUAAUAAAAUGUAUAUAUAUUUAUAUGACUUAUAGGUUAUGUUAGAUAAAUAGUUUAAAUCAUUAUUAUAACAAUUUGAAUAGUAUUAAUAAAUUUAGAAAAAACAAAGUUAAUAAUUUUAAUUUCGAGAAGCCACAAAUAUGAUGAAUAGUGUAUAUAGUAAUUAAUCAAAUAGUAGUGAAUAAUAAAUUCUUCAGAAUAUAAAUUAGAAUGCUUCUAAACAUGAAGGAUUGCAAGAAAAUGAUAAUUUAAUAAAUGCUUAUACUUAAUUUAAAAAAUAGAACAGUCUUAAAUAAUUCAAUUAGAUGUUAGUUUAAUCUUAAAUUAAAUAAUAAAAUGGUAAAUAAGAUCCAUAAUAAAUAACUUAUAAUUAAGGAGGAAUUUUAAAUUUUCCAUCUGAUUUUCGUACUUAGUAAUAAAAGGAUUUAGAAUUGCAAUUAACAAAUUAAUUAAAUGAAUUAACAAUUAAGAAAUAAACUUUAGAAAGUGAAUUAAAUAAAAAGAUUAAUAUAUCAAAAAGUGCUUUAGAAAGAAGAAAAAGGGAAUAACUUGAACAAGAAUUGGAUUAAAUUUAAGAUUAAAUCAAUAAAGUUAGAUUAAAAUUAAGAGAAAAUAAAUUUAUUUGA